AUGAGGAUUGUUACCAUGGGGGAUCACAAUCCUGCAAGGGUGGUUCUGCUAGUACUUUCACUAAUGGUUUAUAUUAUUGUACUGGCAUUCAACGCAAUGGCGGGACCUGGGAUUGGCCCGUUUAUUCAAACCACAAAAAAUGUGUCAGACCUAUAUGACACAGAAAUCACCCCUUCAGGCUGGACAUUCUCGAUCUGGGGUAUCAUUUACGCCUUUCUAACCGCCAUGCUCAUCUACAUCUUCACUGCUCUUUGCAGAAGGAAUGCUUAUGGGUGGAUGUACUGUUCUCCUGCUGUCCUGCCCUAUGGGUUCUUUGUAUCCUGGAUCGUAAACAUGUCUUUAAACAUCAUCUGGCUCAUCCUGUGGGACAGAGAACUGAUGAUACCUGGAUUAAUUGUGCUGGCGUUGGUUGCAUUUACAAACUACCUGAUGGUGUUCUUCUCCUGUCAUGGCCUUCAUGCAUAUGGAGCCUGGCUUAACAAAUAUCACAGAGCGGACCUGUGGUGCCUCCGUGUACUGGUACAGAAUGGUAUAUGCGUGUACACUACAUGGACCACGAUAGCCACAUUGAUCAACUUCAACAUCGUGUUGACCUAUGAAGCGGGUGUGUCCAAAUCAGACGGAGGCACAGUGUGCCUUGCCAUCCUGCUGACAGAAGUCAUCACUUGGUUUGUUCUGGAAAACUUUGUUCUGGAGAAACAUGUUCGCUACAUCCUUACCAUCUAUCCAGUGGUGAUUAUGGCUCUGGCAGGAAAUAUGACCAAGAAUUUCGAUAGCGCCGCGCCGAGUCGGAACGGAAUUCUCAUUGCGCUGCUGCUGGCAGUGGCUUGCACGCUGUUCCUCGUGCGAGUUGCCUUGGUGACCUGGCGUCAUGUAAAACAGCCGCUCUACCAGGGAAAGGACUGGAAAGAAGAGAUGUCACCCAUGGAGAUUGCUGAAAAACAGAAGAAAAUUUUCCUCCCACGCUCAAAGACAUCUGUGUCAGCGAGCCAGGCGCUCGGGGAGGUUCAGUUUCAUCAGCACGAUCCAGGGCUCAAACAUCUGGAGCCAGGUUGCGAUCCACCUGGACUGUCCUCUGGAGUCCCGACGCCCCGCUACGCGCUGACCUACUUCUAG